AUGAGCUCGGCGGGCUUAGCUGCUGGAGCCAUGGCCUGCGCCGCCUCCGUGUUUAUCGCCACGAGCCUUGAUGGCUUCAUCGCCAAGAAGGACGGCUCUGUUGACUGGCUGAACGACUUCCAAGCUUCCCUGGAGGAGGGCGGAGAGGAUGGCGGUUUCGCGGAAUUCAUGGCGAGCGUGGACGCCUUAGCCAUGGGUCGCAAGACCUUCGAAACCGUGCGGGACAUGCCAGAUGCACCCUGGCCCUACGGCGACACGCCCGUUUGGGUGCUUAGCAAUGGCAAGGUGGAUGUCCCAGAGCGCCUGGCAUCCAAGGUGCACCUGACUAAAGGCACGCCCGAGGAGAUUCUGAAAGCUCUGGCGGCUGCUGGCGUCAAAGACGUGUAUGUCGAUGGCGGCGAAACGAUCCGUGGCUUUGUCGCUGCGGGGGCUGUGAAGCGAGUCAUCCUCACGAAGAUCCCCCUGACCUUGGGCGAAGGCAUCCCCCUUUUCACGGAAGAGCAAAAGUCGAAACUGAAGGAGGUCAGCUCGAAGACUCUGCGAGGGGGCAUGGUCCAGACCACGUACACAAUCUGA